UGUUCAUUCUCUCUCCCUAUAGGAAUGCUCUCCCUAUGCUGCUCACUUAUAUGAUGCUGAGGAUCCUUCCACUCCUAUGAGGACAAUAGCAGGGCUCUGUCAAGACUAUUGUGUGGAGGUGUGGCAAAAAUGCAGGUCCAUGUUUCGUUACCUCUCUACAGAUAAACAGCUAGCAGCACUGGAAAACAACAUGGCAAAAUUUUGCCACUAUUUGUCCCUUGAUGAUGUAGACUACUGUUUCCCCCGCCUGUUAACAAAUGCAAAUCUCAAUCAUAACCUUGGGUUAGUGACAGCCGACUCGGAGGGCUGUCUCCAGUUGUGCCUAAUGGAGGUAGCUAAUGGUCUGCGGAAUCCUGUUGCUAUGGUGCACGCUAACGAUGGCACUCACAGAUUCUUCAUUGCUGAACAAGUUGGCUUAGUUUGGACCUACCUUCCUGAUCGGUCAAGGCUUGAAAAGCCAUUUCUAAACAUCAGUGAAGCUGUACUUACAUCGCCCUGGGAAGGAGAUGAGAGAGGUUUUCUAGGUAUUGUCUUCCAUCCCAAAUUCAAAUUUAACGGUAAAGUGUAUGUCUACUAUUCAAUAGAAGUUGACUAUGAAGAAAGAAUCCGGAUCAGCGAGUUCAGAAUUUCUUCUGAUGACAUGAAUACUUUGGACCAUGGUUCUGAAAGGAUAAUUCUAGAGAUAGAAGAGCCAGCUUCUAAUCACAAUGGAGGAGAGCUACUCUUUGGAGAUGAUGGCUAUCUUUACAUAUUUACUGGGGAUGGAGGAAUGGCUGGUGAUCCUUUUGGGACAUUUGGAAAUGCUCAAAACAAAUCAACAUUGUUAGGCAAAGUGCUCCGGAUCAACGUGGACAAUAAUGACCGUGGGCCUCUCUAUAGAAUUCCUCCAGACAACCCAUUUGUUAAUGAUCCAACAGCUCGUCCUGAAGUCUAUGCCUAUGGGGUGAGGAAUAUGUGGCGCUGUUCUUUUGAUAGGGGUGAACCCUAUACAAAGGAAGGGAAAGGGCGACUUUUCUGUGGAGAUGUAGGACAGAAUAAAUUUGAAGAAAUCGACAUCGUAGAGAAAGGAAAAAAUUAUGGCUGGAGGGCAAGGGAAGGAUUCAGCUGCUAUGAUAAAAAACUUUGCACCAAUUCCUCAAUAGAUGAUGUGCUUCCAAUUUAUGCUUAUCCACACAAAAUGGGGAAAUCUGUUACAGGAGGCUAUGUCUAUCGGGGUUGUGAGUCUCCAAACUUGAAUGGGCUGUACAUAUUUGGUGAUUUUAUGAGUGGACGUUUAAUGUCCCUGAAAGAGAACCGUGCUACUGGACAAUGGCAAUACAAUGAAAUUUGCAUGGGAACAGGGCAGACGUGUGUGUUCCCUGGUCUUAUCAAUAACUACUAUCAAUAUAUCAUCUCUUUUGCAGAAGACGAGGCAGGAGAACUUUACUUCAUGUCUACUGGGAUUCCAAGUGCCACUGCUCCCAAUGGAGUAGUUUACAAGAUAGUAGACACGUCUCGGAGAGCGCCACCAAGAAAAUGCCAGGUUGAGCCUUUGCCAGUGAAAGUAAAAAGCAGGCUUCUAAAGUUUGUGCCAAAAGAGAAACUUAUUAUAAAAAUACCAACCCAACCCCCCAGACUAAGACCCACCACCAAAGCUCCAGGGAGGGGUCGGCCAACACCUGAAGCCCCCCAUGCCACUACUCCAGACUGGAUCGAACAACUCUUGGACCUUCUUAGAAAUCAAAAUAGAUUGCAGACUACCACCAGAACGCCAACAACCAAGCCCCCAAAGUCAACAACCAAGCCCCCAAAGCCCAGGAAAGGAGGAAAGAGUGGGGAAAGAAGAGGGCGGAGGAAGAAAAAACCCAGUGUUCCUCCACAACCCCAGAAUGGUGCGGUGCGACUGAUGAACAGGCAAGCAAGAGGAAGAGACCGGGGAAGGGUGGAGAUUUACAUCAAUGGAGAGUGGGGCACAGUCUGUGAUGACUUGUGGAACUCUCAUGCAGCAGCAGUGGUGUGUCAUCAGUUAGGGUUCCCCCAUGUUGUUAGGGCCACCAAGAAAGCAGAGUUUGGGGAAGGGGAUUCACUUAAUAUUCUUCUUGAUGAUGUUCAGUGUUCGGGACAGGAGCAGAACCUGCUGGAGUGCGUACACGCAGACAUUGGCAAACACAACUGCAGCCAUAAAGAAGAUGCAGGUGUGAUAUGCAGUCACGAAGAUGUUACAGACACUGAAAAUUAAUAACAGCACAUCAGGAAAUGCAGAAAUGGACUGUGAGCUCAUCUUUCUUCCCCUCCUCCCCCCUUGCCCUUUUUAAACAGUGGAUGCAUUUACAAGGUUGUAUUUACCCAUGAGGAUGCUACAUCUGGUCUAUGUAACUCAUAGUUUUUUGUUCCUUUACAUUCCAUAAUGUGUGUAUUGGAGGGAAGAGAAGGUACAAUGAAUUAUCAUUUCAGUAUAUAUAUGGCAAGGGAUUGGAUUACAGGUAGAAGAAAAAAUAUCCUCAGGUAAGAGAUUAUGGAAUAAAAAGAUGUGCUCCUUUGUCAUCUCAGAUUGAAUGAAGCACUGCAUAUCUUUAGGCACGUCUAGCAGUAUUCUACCAAAAAGGAUUCUCAAAUGGCUCAUUACCCUUUUGCUUAUGUCAGUAUUCACAUUGCCUGCUUAACUGUUCUGUCACCUGUAGUUUCACAGAUGUUAGAGACUGGAAGGGACUUACAGAUCAUCAGGUCCAGCCCCCCUGCACUUGGGCAGGAAAGGGGCAGGAAAGACUGCU